UACCGGCCUACGUACCCUAAUAAGAUCAGAAACCAAAGUGAGAAAAGAAAAAUUGUACGAGAACCAAAAUUAACAUGUAUUACACAACCCAAUAUUUCUCUUUGUCACUCCUGUUUCUGGCCAUUAAUGUCACCCUCUUCUUCUCCGGCUACGUACAAGCCGUCAAACCCUUACCCACCGGCACGAACCCCUUCUGCAAUACGGCAGAUUUCAAGCCACUGUGCAAUAGAAUGGUCCGGGGAGCCAAGACAUUAGAUGAAGCAACGGCGAACGCUAUCAAGUCCACACUCGAGGUAGUAAAGGGUGCAAAGCCGAAGCUAAGGAUUCUUGAACCGGCCGUGGCUAAACUGAAGCGACCGGUGACCAAAAAGGCGAUGAAAGGGACUUGCCAGGAAAGCUUUAACAACGUUGUGAGCAACCUGGAGGGGGCUCUGAAGGACCUCAAGUCCGGGGACAAGUAUUCGGUGAAUGACAGGCUGUCCGCGGCCACUCUCGAUGAUUGCAACGAUGCAUUUGCCGAGUCUGGAAAGAAAUCGCCUCUGGCCGGGUUCGGUGGGGAUCUGCGAAUGUAUGUGAGCAACUGCUUGGCAGUCACACAGCAAAAAUGAAGGGUAUAUAUAUAUGCAUGGCAUGUUUUUGCUUGCUGCAGUUUG